GCAUCAAGUCACCCGGACAGCCUCCACCAUCCUCAUACUGUAAGGUACAAGUGCCACAAGGAGACUAUAUUCCUCUAAAAUAAUGGAUGGGACAAAGCCGGCCAUGGAGUCCAACGCAGAGGAGACUCAGGAUGAGGGACAAGAGAGCAAAGGAUGCUUCGAGUGCUGCAUCAAGUGUCUGGGCGGGGUGCCCUAUGCCUCCCUCGUGGCCACCAUCCUCUGCUUCUCAGGUGUGGCUCUGUUCUGCGGCUGCGGCCACGUGGCGCUGACCGGCACCCUGACCAUGCUGGAGAACCAUUUCUCCCGGGUCACCAGCGACCACGCUACCCUCACCAUGGUGAUCCAGAUCUUUCAGUACAUCAUCUACGGCAUCGCCUCCUUCUUCUUCGUCUACGCCAUCAUCCUGCUGGCUGAGGGGUUUUACACCACCAGCGCCAUCAAGAAGGAGCUGCAGAGCGACUUCAAGACCACCGUGUGUGGACGCUGUAUCACUGCCUUCUUCAUGUUCCUGACCUACAUCCUCGCUCUGGCCUUUCUCGCCAUUUUCGGCUUCACAGCGAUCCCCGUUUUUCUCUUUUUCAACAUGUGGAGCACCUGUGCUGCCAUGAGGUCUCCUGAUGCCAACAUCACCUCGCCUGACUCCAUCUGUGUGGACGUCAGGCAGUACGGUAUUAUUCCCUGGAACGCCACACCGGGGAAAGCUUGUGGAGCCACACUGGGAGACAUUUGUAACACAAGCGAGUUCUACCUUUCCUACCACCUCUACAUCGUGGCUUUAGCCGGCGCCGGAGCCACCGUCAUCGCACUGAUCCACUAUCUGAUGAUUUUGGCAGCCAACUGGGCCUAUCUGAAGAGCGCCGUGUCCACGCACGAGUACCAGGACAUCAAGACCAAGGACGACCAGGAUCUGGAGGCCGAGGCGCGCUCCAAGGAGGGCCAGAACUCCUCCUCCUACUCAUAAGGACGAGAGAUCCUCUCCCGCCACCAUCCAUUUCCGCUCCACACCUCGACCCCCACCCCACAACACGCCCACCCCUCCCUGCGUUAAAACAAACCACCUCCGUCGUGUUUGAUAGUCCCCCACCCUCCUGAUUCUCCAUCCUCUUCCCUUCCACAGUGUUUAUUAAGAGUAGUGGGAGCGUACCCACUCCAGAGUGGAAGAGAAUAGAGGAUCAGGAGAAGCGGCAGGCCCAGACGGAGGCAGAUGUUUCAGAACGGAAGAGCUCGCCCACCGGGGUCGAGCUCAGGUACGGUACAUCAGUUCAGAAGCGUCUCCUCCCCCGUGCUUUUGGGCGGCGGCUCGUGAACGUGGCCCGGCUGUGAUGGCCUCGCGCCCUGAGCCAGCACAGCCUCUCGACACACAGCUCCUAACAGCCUAAAAAAAACAUUGUUCACUGUCAGCUUCAGCCACAGGGAAGCCAGGCAGCGACCAACUUCCUCCGUUUUUUUGGUGUUUUAUAUGCAUAUAUAUAUGAAUAUGAAUAUAUUGUGCGAAUGUGUAUGAAUGUUGUUGUUUUUUUUAAUACUCUCUGAAAAGUAUGGCAGGUACUAUUAUGAUCUUUCUUUCUUCUUUAUGUUUUUGCGCUCAUAGGUUUUUUCUCCUUUACUUUUCUUCUCCAUCUUUGACUUUUUAUUGCUAAUGCUCGAUACGUGUUGCACUAUUUAAAAAAUCUAAAGAGAGUGAAUAUCCCUAAAAAACACAAAGCGCCCAAGCCCCCCCUCUCUCAUAAAAAUACCUAUAAGACUCAAAUCAUCUCAAGGAUUACUGUGCAUUUACAUGGUUGGAGUUGAUAUAUCCACCAAGGUAUUAAGAGAUAAUUUAAGACCAGAGGUGUAGCAAACUUUUUUAAAGGAACCGUUUUGGAAAACAUGCUAAUUUUUUUGCAGAGAGUUUGAUGAGAAGAUUGAUACUUCUCUGAUGUGCACAGUAAAUAUGAAGCUUCAAACAGGAGACGAGCAAAAUCCACCUACCAGCGCCAGUAAGGCUCAAAAAUAAACACGUUACAUCUCAUUUGUUUAUUUCACACAAAAACUGAAGUGUAAAACAAGUUAUGGUUUUGCGGGGGGAUUAAAGGCCGGUGCUAACCAUAACCCCCACAUAAAACCCCAAAAUGUAGUUUUCACAAUCUGGUUUGAAAUUAGUAUCAAUCCUCUCAUCUAAGUCUUGGCAAGAAAACAAAUUACUGUUCCUUUGCAGACCUCUACACUUUUUGCUACACUCAUCACCAGCGGCAGCAGAAAUCAAAGACAAAUCUGUCCGGUUCUUUCAACGUAAAGAAGACACACACCUCAGGUAUCCAACCAAAUCUGACUUCAGCCAGUCGUGUUCUUUUCAAAGCCUCACCAUCUAAGUACUUACCCUUACUGGAUUGGUACGCUGUCCUGUGUGAAUUAUACAGUAAAACCUGUUCCCUCAUUUUCUAAAAUUCCUCCUUUUGCGAAUGCAGUUCACCUGUAAAUAGCCAAAUCGCCCUAAAAGAUCUCGAUUUACACUUCUCUCAACACGGGGAGAACACAGUCAGUGUUUUGCCAUGCUCUUCUAUUAUUUUUUUCCACAAAUAUAUGUAAAUGUACCCUUUGAGAUAUGUGUUUAGCACUCAAAUACUAGUUCUGCAUUUGAUAUAAUAAUUGUAAUGUAACAUCUUAAAUGAUAUGUCGUGAGAGGGAUACAGUGCAGUCAUGAUAUGAUAUGAUGGAUUCAGGUGCUUGUGACGUAUACAUUUUAAAAUGUGAAUAAAAAAAAGGAAAUUGAUUUUUAAUGUUUACUCAGUUUUAGGCAGCUGAGUUCUUCUUGUGAUUCAGUAAUAAUGAUUUUAUGGAACUUGUUUGUGCUUAUUUUUUCGAUGGCCAGCCAAAUGAGUGAGGAAAAAAGUCUCUUUUUCUUUUCUUCUUCUUUUUAUUUUUAACAUCAUGCCUCUCAUAUGAGCCACAGAGACUGUUUUGGAUGUUUACACUCUGAAUAAAACAAGUCAGGAAUUUUCAUACAUUAAUUUUAUAAUCAAAUAUUGUUUAAUAAUCAUAAACUAUAUUCUAUAUCGAUCAUCACUGGUUAGUUUACCCUCAAAAAACACUGAAGAAGACAAAUUUUUGAUGAAGCAUGUCAGUAUCGUCCAUGUGUGCAGCUGUCUAUUCUGUAUAAAAAAGGACUAUAUUGCCAUGUGUGUUAUGUUUGAUAAAUAUACGUGCUUUGCCGCCAGGUUGAUGUAAAGGCAAACUUCAAUUUCCUAUAAGACGAUGCGUGUCAGGGUGUUGUUGUUUCCUCGUUAUUUGCAUGAAGGAGACAUGACUGUGUCUUUGCAGUUUUUCAGGUGAUGUGUAGUCAAUUGUACUGACAACUAUGGUAGGCGGUGUUUGCCCCCCUCCUCCACACACCCCCCCUACCCUUUCCACCCACUCUUUUCUAAAGAAAACUCCAUUGUACUUUGAUGGCAUUGUAGUCCCUGUAGGUGUUUCAUUAUGGUUUUAUUUUUUAAGUUGGAAAUAGUUCUAUGACUCCUAUAUAGUGAUGAUUUUUGUAACCUUCUCUAGUAAAACCGAUAUUUUUUAUUAUCGUGA